AGUGCCCCUCGGUCACCAUCACCACCUAACCCCCCUGCCCCCCUCGCCGUCCUCCGCCACAGAUACACGCACGCUGGCACGAUGGCUUCCCAACCCUACCACUCGCCCUACCCCGCCGGCGCCGCCCCAAGCGGCGUGUACCGCGUCGGCGCUAGCCCCCAGCAGCAGGCCGCGCUCGCCCCACCACCCCCGGGCACGGCGGCGCCAUCGGCGUACCCGUACCCGGCGCACACGCACCAGGUCUACCACCACGGCCACCCAGACAUGAGCGCGUUCGGCCUCGUCACGCCGCCGACCCAGACCCCGCCCGCGUUCGGCUCGCCCCUCAUCGCCUCGGGCGCGUACCCGCCCCUCGGCGGCGCGUCCCAGUCGCCAUGGUCGCUCAACGCCAUCGCCCUCCAGGACCAGCACUACUACCCGGCCCACUACGACCCCUCGUGCGCCGCCCCCGGCGAGCUGUUUGCCGUCCCCGCCGGCGCGCAGGUCAUGCACGACGGCACCCUCGCCUACCCCGGCGUCCACCCCGUCUACCACCGCGACCACCACCUCGGCGUCAUGGAGCCGGCCCACAUCAAGGGCCAGGCCAUCCUGCGCGCCGACGGCCAGCCCGCCGAGGUCAAGAAGCGCUCGCGCACCGCGCAGGCCUGUGAGCGGUGCCGAAUCCGCAAGGCAAGGUGCUUUGGCGGCAACCCCUGCAACAGGUGCACCAAACGCCGCUUCGUAUGCGAGUUUUCGACGGCCGUCCGCCAGCGCGGUCCGAACAAGCCGGCCGCAGCGGGCUCGGCGACGCCCACGUCGAGCGCGGGCCCGGAGGCGGCCGACGCCGCCGGUUCCCCCCCGGAGCUGUCCGCCGGUGCUGUUGCUGCUGGCUCGGCCGGCGCAGCAGCUGCCAAGCCUGCCCCCCGCCGCCACAGCCUGCCAGACGGCCAGCCGCAGGCGCACUACAAUGCCAACGUGCCGCCUACCAAGUCGCUCAGCACCGACGUGACGCCGUACAAUGCGACCGUGACCGAGGAGGCGACGGGCCACCCCGUCGCCUUCUCGCUGCCCUCGACCGCCGUCAUCCCGCAGCACGCGCACAUGCAGCAGCAGCCGACAGAGUACCUCGCUGUCCCUAGCUCGGCGGGCGGCGCGUUCCCCCGCCCACACUCGGACUCGAGCGCCCUCUACCACCCCGGCUUGAACGGCACGCGCUCGCCCGUGUUCGCCUUCACCCCCGAGUCGGCCGACUCGAGCAGCGCGCCGUCCUCGUCGGUAGACUACCCCUACACGCCCAUUUCGCCCGUCACGACCUUCUCGCCGACACUCACCAUGACCCCCACGGUCAACAUGUCGGCGUACGCGGCCCAGGCCGUCCCCGUGCCCUCGCCCGACGCGGCCGCCGUCCACCCCCACCACCACCAGCAGUGGUACCAGACCACUGCCUAGUUUCAGUUUUCCGCCAGUCCUCGUCCUCCUCCUCCUGGGUUCUUUUGUCUCUCGCUGUCUCCGUCUCCUGCAUCGGGUCGGCCACUACUAGGCCGCUAGGUUACUCUUUCACCCUCUAUUGAACAUUGGAUCGCAUCGCGUGUUCGCUUGUACCGGACUCGUCUCCUCCUAGAACUGUAGUUUACCACCAAUGGAACCGGUG